GUGCGCGUCAGGAUCAAAUAGAGGACGACGAGCGGACGGCUAGUCAGAAAGCAUCGGGCGGUCGCAUCGUCGCUCUUGUCUUGUAAAUUUACGGCACAAGUCAUAGUACAGUAUUUCGUUCGAGACAAAGAGCUAACAAGCGUGAGGAGCCAACAUGAGGCUGUUGUGGGCGCUUUGUGCUGUUUUAUUUAGUUUUCAGCAGGCCUUUGCUGCGACAGCGGGCUUCAUAAGGUCCCCCAUGUCUCAGACAAGACUGUUAGGUGACAGUGCGGUUCUGCACUGUGAGGUGAUAGGGAACCCCAUCCCAGAGGUGCAAUGGUGGUUUAUAGAAGGGGAUGAACCCAAUGAGACGGCCUCUCAGCUCUUUGAAGGAGCUCAGCAUGACCGUGUGCACAUCAACACCACCUACAUCCAACAUGGUGCCAGUAUCCUGCUUCUCUUCAAUCUCACAUUCAACGACACUGGUGUUUACGAGUGCCGCGCUUCCAACGACCCAGACCGCAACGCCCUGAGGACACUGCCCAAAGUCAAGUGGAUCCGCUCUCAGGCCAAUGUUAUUGUGUUUGAAAUGCCUUUGAUUGUGGUCAGUCCAAAAGACCUGAACAACCAGACCUCUGCCACGCUCAGCUGCAAUUACACCAACCCAGCGUCUCCAGUCACACGCACCUUUUGGAAAAAAAAUGGCAAGGAUAUCGAGAGCACCAAGAAGGAUGGAGAAAAGGUCUUCAUUGAGUACACCAUUUCGAAGAUUGAGACCAACUCUGGAAAAUAUACUUGCGUCUUUCAGUCACAGGACAUUGCUGCUGAAGCAAACAUUGAAGUAAAACGUCCUCCUCAUAUUGUGGCACACAAGCACUCCGAGAAUGCUAAUGAGAAUGACAAGGCAGUGCUGGUGUGCGAGUGCCAUAGCUACCCCCUGGCAACUGACUGGAAUUGGGUUAAAAUUCUUGAGACGGGCGAGGAGACGAGCAUCACCAAUGGUACUGAGAGGUAUUUAAUCAAACACACUCCAUACAAUUCUACACUGACCAUCGAGGACCUGAAUAACGACGAUGCAGCUGUCUAUGAGUGCAUUGGGCAGAACGAUCUGGGACACUCUUCAGAUAAGAUCCAACUACGUGUGCGUAGCCGCUUAGCUGCUCUCUGGCCAUUCCUUGGUAUUGUGGCCGAGGUCAUCAUCCUCGUCACCAUCAUCUUCAUCUACGAGAAACGGAGAAAGCCCGAUGAGAUUAACGACGAUGAUGAUUCGGGAUCAGCCCCACUGAAGAGCAACUCCGCUGCAAACCACAAAGACAAGAAUGUGCGACAAAGGAACUCCAACUGAGAUAUGAGUUGAAGCGUCCUGAUGACUACUAGUCAAGAUACAAGAAAAGCAUGAAGUUGCUGUGUGGCUCCUUAAGAUCGAAUAAUCGUUUUCUGCUUGAGUGUAAAUGUCUUGAGAUAUCGAUUGCUUUGUUUUCAUUCUUUCCCAGUAUUCCUCUCUAUAUUGUGCUGCCAGCAAACGUGUUCUUAAAAAGUGGGCUUUGGGGUGGGGGGUGGGGACAUGCAUGAUUGUACUCUUGCUGUAGAAGUGUUGUAGUGAAACCCUUUUCACAUGGGAAUGAACAAUUGAUGGUUUUUCUUCUGUCUGCUUGCUCUACUGUGCCGCACAACUUUAGCUUGGAAACCAAACUACUAGCAGUGUGUUCAGCUACACCCUGCCUCUGAAAUCAAUUUUUCGAUUCUGAUUGCUCCCUUUUACAAUUAAAAUUUUUUGGGUGGCAAUUUUAAUACAAUCUGCUUCACCCAGCUUGUUUGAACCUUGCUUGUUAACAAUCUGAUACUUUGGCUAUUAUAAUUCUUCAUCCAUUCUAAAAUAUAUAUAUAUAUAUAUUAUAUGUGUGUCCCUUUGACAGUAUGGGAUUUCUUCAUCUAUUCUUGAUGUCUAUAUUACUACUACAAAGCAAUUGUUUGAAAGAUUCUUCUACUUAGUUACUUUUUGGCAGUCGACUUUUUUUCUGUAAGCCUUAAUGUUGAUCUUUUUUUCUUCCUUUUGUUGGAUAUGCUUACUUUUUAGUCAUGGAGAAAUAACUAUUAUUGCAGCGCACAUCCAACCACCUGCUGUUAUUGCAGUAUAUCAAAUUGCACUGUUAUAGUUAACUACAGAAUGCCACUUUUCUUUGCUUAAUUCUUAGUUCCAGACUAAUGUUUUGGUUUAAGACACAAAUUUGUUUUAGGAAUAAAAACUUUUUAAGUAAGGGUAAUGUUGGUUUUUGUAAUAAAAACAGUACACAUGCAUUGAAGAGGACCAAGCAUGAACAGUUUGUGCCAUUCACUACUUUAAUGAUAAUCCAGUACUAAUCCAGACUAAUGCUAAUUUUAGAUCUGUAAUUAUUGAAGUAAAUGUGCCAUUUAGUUGAAGUAUUCUUCCUGAGUAUUCAUCCUCCCUAUAAGCAAUUCAGAAGCAAUUCUAGAUACAAAAUUAUGACCGAAUCUAUGCCACUUCUUUAAAAGGCAUGUUGAAUAUUGAGAACUUAUUGAGCUGAUGUAAAUUAUUUUGCCUUAGACACAUGAAAUCUUAAGAAAUGUCAGCUUUAAUGACUUGCACACUCUGAAUAAAGUUAUUUGGUUUGAUUUUAA